AUGGUGUCGGAAAAUAGACUGAACGAGGACACUGCUCCUGUAGCUAAAGACUCCGAAGAAAUUUCGCUUUUAGAACUUUUCGUGCUUACGAAGCAAAGAGCCAUUGAGUCAGGAGGACUCAAUAGCGACUGUUCAGAUCUCCUGGACUUAAGGUUCAUCAUUGGCAUCGCAGUUGACCUUGGCUUAGCGGGAUGGAUUACUUCUGAAGCUCCCAACCAAGGAAUUUCCAGUGAGCCAGCGCCGCCUAGCUCCCCGGCAAACCAACCUGAGCGGCAAACUUUCAAUGUGGACCUGAACUGGGUCGUGAAAAUGCGAUCGCCGGCCGAGCUGACGAUACUUCCGACAAAAAUUCAACAUAGCGGAAACUAUCCAUGGCUUGGACCGCAGCAAACUGGGUCACCUAAUUGCCUUUGGGACAGCGAGGUUUCCGAAACCGUGUUGGCAACCCCAGAGCGCCUUCAAGAAGGCUAUAUUGCUGUUUCAUACACUUGGGGAAGAUAUAAAGAACGAUAUGAUCCGGUGGAUGGGACUCCCUGGAGAGUUCCGAUCAUCAAAUCGGACGUAUUCCCAGGUAUGCUCGACCAGCUCAAGAGAAUUUUAGCCUCUAUCCCUGCAAGCCGAUAUUUCUGGGUCGACGUGUUGUGUAUCAAUCAAGACGACGGGGACCAAAAAGCGGAGGAGAUUGCUAAGCAAGCUUCGAUCUUCGGAAAUGCCAAGGCAUGCUUAGGUUCUCUCUGGACUCUUGACUCCGAUGACGAGCUUGCUCAUGUUAUGACAAGUUUCGGGGACGACUUACUAUGGUCGUUGGUUUUAAGUUCCUCCGACAAUCGCAGGGAUAGUCAACUGCAAGGCCUUGAGAGGCUCCCACCCCAUAUCCAAGUGAGACUGGACGGAAAGCUGAGGCUAGACCCUUGGUUCACGUCCCUCUGGGCGCUUCAAGAAAUGGUGUUGGCUCCAGCGCAAAUUUGGAUGACAAGAUCGGGUAACUUCUGCUCCGUAAAUGGAUUAACACUCACAACUCUUCUGUUUGCCAGGGCACUUGAACUUAUGAACUGGUCGUUCCAAUUUCGUCGGCAGAUCUGGAAACUCGAAAUUGUCCGCGACUAUCCGCUUUUAAGCUCGGAUGACGCCUAUCGCACAGUGAUACGAAUAAUGGACAGGCUUCUUACUGAACAGGCACAAGCACAGGCAUCCUGGGAGGCAGGAGUUACGGACGAAAAGAGAAUCGCUGCAGAACAAAGGGUGAGAGACGUGAAGGUUAUGCAGGUGAUGAUGGGUCAGGAUCAAGAGGUUCGAGACCUCCCCGAGCUGCUACAACAUAAGCAAUUCGAUGAAAUCCUCGGCUCCAAAAGCUUGAAACGCUGGUUAGACUGGGGCUUCGGGGAGGUCUGUCUCAAUAUUUCGAUCCAAGCCUCACGUUCGGCUAUAAUCGUCGCCGGAGCAAAUCGUCAUACAACCAAGCCGAGAGCGGAAGCAAUCUUGGCUGCUCUCAAGAUAACUCGACUCCCUCCGGAGCUCAAUCCCGACGAAAGCUUGACCCCUGGCGUGUUGCCGAAAUGGCUCCAGCAGACAUUGAUGGCGUUUGAGAGUUCCAUGUACUUCUAUGCGUCCCAUUCUUGGAGAUCCAUGUCGGAGUCGAGGGACCGGUCAUCUCCUUUGUUCAGCGACAACCUUCCUUUCCUGGCUUAUGACAAUAUCCACAACGAUUCGGCGGAUUACGUUCGCGGCACCCUUUCUAACCUCCUGACCAGCAUGCUGCCGUCCACCGCGACCAGGUCCUUCUUGCCCACUGACUUCACUUUAUCAAGCUACUCAGGAUAUGCAACGUCUGCGUGGCACAUUCACCGCGAUGGUGUGAUGCAUAUUCCCUACGGCGCUCCGAUUCAUGAUAUUCGGCCCAACGAUACUGGCUUGAUGACAAUAUCCACCAAUGGCCCCCAAUACGAGUUUGACACCACACUGACCAAUGGUGUCAGCGCUGUACGGAACAUUGACUACGUCAAUGAACCUCUCGGGAAGUCUUGCCGCGUUAUCUUCCUCCCAUUGCUGAUGAUUGGAAACCCAACUGACGGAAUGCCAUAUGGGGAGAGUCGCACUCUUGCCUCAACGGGGCCCAACCCUGUGGUUCGUGGUAUCAUACUCGCCAGUCGACCAUCCAGUAAACGACACAAAUCGAUGACUUUCUGGUUCAAAGCCGGCAUCUACUCAGCGACGCUCGUUCGCAUCAAUCCUCUGGAGUGGCAGGAUGGAAUAUUAGUCGGCUCAGUACUAGAUGAGUCCAGAGCGUCCAGGGACAAAGCGCUUUGCGACAUCACUAUAUUAAACCGGCCUCAUUUGUGGGGUCCCAAGGUGAGAAGGCGAUGCUUUGAAUCUGACUGA